AAUAAGCAAUAUUGACGGUGCCGAGUAUCACUGCAAUAAAACUGCAGUGCGAAAGGUCAUCAGCGGUGUCGUCGGUGCCGCCAGCUCUGUCACAUCCAUCCAAGUGGCGAACCUUCUGCGACUUUUCCGAAUACCUCAGGUAUCGUUCUUCUCGACGAGCCCGGAACUGUCGAACAAGCAACGGUUCGAGUACUUCGCGCGCACUAUACCGAGCGAUCACUAUCAGGUGAAAGCGAUGGUGGACAUCGUAAUGAAAAUGGGCUGGAGAUACGUAUCAAUCAUCUACGAGGAGAGUAAUUACGGCAUAAAGGCCUUCGAGGAGCUGGAGGAGUUGCUUGGAAAGAACGAAAUAUGUAUCGCUGUCAAGGAGAAGUUAGUGAAAGAUUCCGGAGUCGCGGAAGAGACGGCUUACGACAAUAUCGUCGAUAGACUGAAGACUAAACCGAGGGCGAGGGGCUGCAUCAUAUUCGGCUCGGAUCAAGAAGUUGCCGGAGUUAUGAGGGCCGUUAGGCGUUGCAAUGCAACCGGCGCAUUCUCGUGGAUCGGCAGCGAUGGCUGGAGCGCCAGGGGGUUAGUCAGUAAUGGUAACGAGCCGGAAGUCGAAGGUACCCUAUCGGUUCAACCUCAAGCCAAUCCUGUCAGGGGGUUCGAGGAGUACUUCCUGAAUCUGACCGUCGAGAACAACCGAAGGAAUCCGUGGUUUGUCGAAUUCUGGGAAGACCACUUUAAAUGCAAAUAUCCAAACUCAUCGAAAACACCGUACAACCAGAAAUACACAGAAGUCUGCACAACGAAGGAGCGUUUAACGAAACAGAACACUGCGUUCGAGGACCAGCUGCAGUUCGUAUCUGAUGCAGUCAUGGCGUUCGUCUAUGCGUUCAAAGCCAUGCACGAGGAUCUUUGCUUCGGGAAGCCAGGAUUAUGCGAUGCCAUGAAGCCUACCAAGGGAACCGAACUGCUCAAGUAUCUUCACAAAGUGGAUUUCGAAGGUUUGAGCGGCGACAAGUUCAAAUUCGACAAGAACGGGGACGGCCCUGCCAGAUACAACAUCAUCCACUUCAAGCAGACAGAGCCGGGCAAAUACAAAUGGGUCCGGGUCGGCAAAUAUCUCGAGGGCGAGUUACGACUGAACAUGUCCGAAAUCCAAUUUAAACUUGGACACCCCCAACCGCCCGAAAGCGUGUGCUCGCUACCCUGUGAAGUCGGCCAGGCAAAGAAGUACGUGGAGGGCGAGAGAUGCUGCUGGCACUGCUUCAACUGUACCCAAUAUCAGAUACGAAAAUCGGAUGACGAGACACAGUGCAUCCCCUGCCGGCAAGGCACCGUGCCCGACGAAACGCAUUCCACUUGCCGGGACAUCCCUGAGGAGUUCCUGAGACCUGAGAGCGGAUGGGCGAUUGGCGCCAUGUCCUUCUCUGCCUCUGGGAUUCUGAUAACGUUCUUCGUCUGCGGCGUGUUCCUGAAGCACAACGACACCCCAGUAGUCCGCGCAUCGGGCCGUGAGCUAUCCUACAUCCUCCUAUGCGGAAUCCUGCUCUGCUAUCUCGUUACCUUCGCCCUGGUCCUGAGGCCGACGGACAUCGUCUGUAGUAUUCAAAGAUUCGCCGCCGGUUUCUGUUUCACCGUGGUCUACGCGGCCCUCCUAACGAAGACAAAUCGAAUAUCGAGGAUCUUUAACGCCAGCAAACACAGCGCCAAGAGGCCAUCGUUCAUAUCCCCGCGAUCACAGCUGAUCAUCUGCUCCGGUCUGGUCUUCGUCCAGAUCUUAAUUAAUGGUGUUUGGAUUAUAAUCGACCCGGCGAGGGCGAUGCAUCAUUAUCCGACCAGGGAAGACAACUUGCUCGUCUGCAACAGCUACGUCGACGCCAGUUACAUGAUCGCCUUCGCUUAUCCCAUCAUGUUGAUCGUCGUCUGCACCGUCUACGCGGUGCUCACUAGAAAGAUACCGGAAGCGUUCAACGAGAGCAAGCACAUCGGUUUCACGAUGUACACCACCUGUGUAAUCUGGCUGGCGUUCGUGCCCCUCUAUUUCGGCACCGGCAGCAACGUAGCACUCCGGAUCACCUCGAUGUCGGUGACUAUCAGCCUCUCCGCGUCCGUGACUAUAGCGUGUUUGUUCAGUCCGAAGUUAUACAUCAUUCUGAUCCGGCCCGAGAGGAACGUUCGCCAGAGCAUGAUGCCGGCGAGAUACAGCACGACCAAAAGCUCCGCGGUGACGGCGACGAAUGCCUCGAGCAUGAUAGCGCCCGUCACGUUGACAGCUGCCACCUGCGAUCAGAACAAAGCUGUCAAGAAGCACAUUAUCAGCACCAUCGAUUGCUGGACGCAGAGCGAGUAUUACGAGCUGGAGGUGAAGGACCAGAAGAAUGGGAAACCAACGCCCACGGUGGUCUCGCGAUUAACGCAGACCUCGAGCAACGAUCUCGAACAAAGCGGUAACUUGGUCGGCAAGGACGCGAAGGAGAAUCCCACAACGACGAGCAAGGAGAACGCGAGCACAACGAAGCAAUUAAACAAUAACGCGAGGAUAGGAAACGGGCCUGUGAACCAAGCCGACGUCUCGUUAUAGCAGCAACCCUCCCCGGAGUCCGCCAUCUUGACCGUGAACCUGAAACCAAUCUCGAAGAAGCCCGUAGUUGUUUAAAACCGUACGUUUUUUGUAAAUACGACUGAACACUGUACAUCGAGACGGCGAUACGACAGAAUAAAAAAAAAAAGAAAAACGGGUGUUCCCGAUUCCUCUGCGAAGCAAGCGCGCGUUGUUUUAACUUUACCGGAAGUGUGCGAAUUAUUAGACUCGGAGUUACGCGAAUUUAUUCGAGAACGGUUCUUGGAAAGUUACGGCCUGCUUGCGAUAUCAUUUGCUACGACGCGACUGGUUCGAACUCGAGCACGGUUGCAGGAAUUCGCCUAAUGCCGGACGCCUAGCAUUUUAUUCAACGAAUUGUCGCAGGUUUUUAAGCAAUUGUUGAAUUUACGAGUUUGCGAAAGACCGGAGAACGUGUGCGUUUGCCAAUAGUAAUAACAUUUUUCUUGCAAUUCUAUAUCACAUUUUUCAUUCAUUAAAAUCACUUUUUAGAGUGAGAAUUCUCAUAGAAAAGAGUAUAAUUGGCAAACGUUGAUAAAAGGAAACGUGCACAAUGUUACACAAUUUUCAAUGGAGUCCCGUGUGUCCUGUGCUAGGAAAAAUCCUGCCUACCAUGCACAUACAUUUAUGGUGUUCAAAUGCAAUAAACGUUUUUUGAAAAUUGUGAUUGAUAACAAUCGUAAUGCGUGGAAUGGAAAUAGACGCUCGAACGCAUGAUAUGUUAACACUUACAGCUCGUGAAGACGACUUUUUUUACGAGAACGGAGGACAAUAGUUUCUGAUUUGUGAACCGAUGUCCAGAUUACACUGUCGUUCGAUAAACGUGUACUUUCUUCGGGAGCACGAGCGAAGGAAUUGUAUUCAGUCUAAUGAUUUGCACGCCUCUUACGUUACCGUGUGUCAUGUGUAUUAUAAAAUGUAUUAGUUACGUUAAUUAAGGUGAAAUUACAACGUGAAUCUUCGUACUUCCUGUAUUAAUUAGCCUGCAGGUGUUCAUGCGAAUUCAGAGUGUUCCAAGCCAGUUUGCAAGAUCAUCGACCGAGUUCAUUUUGUAUCCUGAGAGGAUUUAUUGAGCUAUUAAACUCUUAUUUUUAACAUAUCAUUGUGUGUUACAACCGUGGAGAAAGAAAACUGCGAACUGAAAGCCAGAUUGGCGCUAUGUUAGUCGGACGAAAGACCACUAUAGCGAAUGCUGCUACAGUAUCAGAAAUUAAAUACGCCUGGUUCUCUAUUUUUAAAGCGCGUUCUCACCGCGUCACUAAUUUUUACAUAGUUCAUUUAGAAUGUUUUCUUUGACACGAGUAAUUUAUUUCUGCGUGACAGAAAUUAAAUAACCACAUUAAAUAACCAUUUAAUGUCACGCGUUUAUCUCGCGCAUGAUUUAUUUUUAAAUCGUCUGUACAAGAGAAUCGCCCAGAGAGUGCAUUGUACUAUUUUUAUCUGUAUUCAGAUGAACAACAAAGAAUGUCUUCGUCCACACGUGUUUUCGGUUUUCAGAACGUUCGCAGUAUAUUUUCCGUCAUCUUGAAAGAGAUCCAGGUGAAUCGUUCAAUUCAUUCUAGACGAAACGAUUACAAAUGUCCUCGUCGUUGCCGUUGAAACGGAUUCCUUUGCCAUUUAGCCGAACAACCAAAUUGCCGAUCAUACUAGGAAGGUUCGCGACUAAAUCCCGUUCGAAACCAAUAAACGCACGAGACCAUAAUGGCGCGAAGUACCGGAAGACACGCACCGUUCGCCAAUGAUGACGCCUAACCAUCGACUUUAAUUAAUUAUUAACUCGCAUGUUAAGAACUGCUCUGGUUUCCUCUGUGAUCAUAGCAUAAUACGUGGGUUUUAAUCACGUGGAUUGCGUAUAAAUCUCUUUUGUACAUACACCGGCCAUUUUCACGGUGCACGUUAACGCGACACGCUAAUUCAUAGACGACACGUGACGAAAUGUAAAUAUAAUAGUCGGAAUGGUUGUGCUGUGAGCGAUGAACGAAAGGCGAAAUCGAACAGGAACAUUGAAAGUUAGCCAGAUCGUUGCCAAAUGCGAAUAAUUGCGCCGAAUGACGAAGGAAACAAACGAAAGAAUCAAAAUCAGUCGAUUCACCGAUAUCUGUAAUUUUUGUAAAAAAAAAAGAAAGAGAGAAAGAAAGAAAGAAAGAAAGAAAGAAAGACAAAAACCGAAAAAGAGAUGAGCCUGAGAAACGAUAGUCCUAUUUAACGAGAUUUAUUUCCUGUACAUAAAAUGAACUAUUCUCUGUAAAUAUAUAAUACGAGAUCUUUAGUGACGUAAGGACCCCUCAAGAGGAAAGUUAAAAAAAUAACACAUACGUACGCGAUGCUGACGAAGCUCGUUUUUAAACGAUUUCGAGGUGUGACUACACGAUCGUAGAAGACUAUUUAGGGGAUCUUUUUCCUUCUUUUCGACUCCUCUCUGCAGACUAUAGGAAUUGCUAAACGUAGACACUUUAAAUGAGGCGCGACGUACCGUUCGUUCCGAAUGUUUUCUCCUCGUAAACUAUAAUCGCUCUAAUUUUAAUAGUUGAAAUUUGUAUGAAACGAAAUUCGGCGAAAGGACGACAUUGUUCCGAUAGCGUCUGUUGUACAUAUAGGUGUCCGAACAACUGUAAAUUCUUACGUAGAGUCGUUACUAUAAGCACAAACGAUACACAUAUCCCAUUCUAUCCUAUGCGUAGACACUGCGAUGUUUCAUUUGUAGCGAUAGCCGCUCGAAAAUGUGCAAUAUCGUCGAAAUAAUUUAUCCAUAGCGAAACACGUAGCGCCGUUGCAACUACGCAGGAUAAUUCUGAAGCGAGACGUUACAAAAUAUUUAUACGUGUUUGAUAUAACAACAGAAAUUUUUGUAAAAGAUUUUAGUAAAAAUUGUAAGGGUUAUAGCAAGCGUCCAACUGGACAGCUUUUACGUGACAUUAUUUUAAGUAUUUGUUAAUAACUCCUGCAAUGUUUAUAAUCUAAUGUCUUGUAAAAAUUCAUGGCAUUGCCUCGAGCAUAGAGAAGUAUGCGUGCAAAAUGUUGUCUAAAUAGGUUCAAUCGUUUUCUUCAAAUUAAUUUCGAAAUACAGCCCUAAACAGGCACCUAAUAUCGAUUAUAACUCGAUGACCUGGAAUCAUCCUGCGUACCAACGAGUAGAAACUUUUUAUUUUGUCGAAAGACGUGUAGAGAUCCCGCCAGACUUUGGGUACAAUGAGCCCAGUAUCCAUCGUUUGGUGUUUCAAAGAUUGAGUUUUUCGUUGAACUUUUAAUUGGCACCUUGAACGGCUAAAUGUAAAGCUUAGGUAUUAAGCGUUUAAGAGAUCGACGGCCACUAAUUUGAUUUUCCGCGUCGAUGACACCGGCCUGUCAGAGCAACGCAAAUCUAAUUAACCGUUUUCAAACGAUAACUCCUUUAAGUCCGGUUGUUGUAAAUAUUAUUUAAGGGUACGAUUGUACAUAUUAUCAUCCGCGUGAUAUAAAGCGAGACACGAAACGAAAACAAAGAAGUUAGUUCAUACGGAACCAAUUUAUAGACGUAACGUUCGGCGAGGUGUUAAGACGGCGAAAGGGGCAACCAGCGCGUCGAUAAAUUAUUUAAAUGAAUCAAAUGAUGCAAUGCAAUGACAAUGUCAAGAACUUUAUGAGAAAUAACAAACACGUUCAAAACUGUUACGGUCUAAGCAUAUUUUAAAUACGUACCAGCGCUAAGGUAGGAACACAAGUAUAAGUGGAUAUUACGAUGUAUUCAUUAAAGGGGACAACAAUGAAUGAACAAACAAAAAAAUCAGUAAAAAUAAAAUCUAUUGUAAAAGUCAA